AUGCCAGUCACAUUCGGUGAAAGCAAUGUAACAGUGAUCGUUGCAACAAGAAUAUCACGUAUAUAUACGCAAAAACCAACUGUGAUUCUAGCAUUUGCCUUACUAAUUCCAAUUCUCACGAUUCCGAUAAUCAUAACUCUGACACACAAUAAACUGGAUAGCGGUACAACUUUAACAACGACUACGACCACGAUCACGGCGGAAACAACAUCGACAAUAGUUACCACAAUGCAGACCAAUGAUGUCACAACUCACUUGACAAGUAAAACUACGACAACAGAAAAUCCAUGUGCGUCCAGUAGUUUGCGUUGGAAAACAGCAGGUAGCACAGUACGUAGCGAUUCAUCGUCAACACUAUCCUGCACACAUCUGUUCAUUGAUUCGGAUGAUACUCUGUAUGGUGUUGAUAAAGAACAUGCAUAUGUUUGGAGGUUACCGACAGGUCAUACUAAUUCAAUAACUGUCGCUGGGAUUCCAGGAUCAAAGGGUAACGAUAGUUUCAAGCUGAACUAUCCCGAAGAUGUUUAUGUUGAUCGACAUGGAAAUAUAUACGUAGUCGACAGCAACAAUCAUCGUGUACAAAAGUUCAUAAACGGAACAUCAAGUGGGAUAACAAUUGCAGGCACAACUGAUUCAGGUGGUUGUUCGUUGAACCAAAUGUAUUAUCCUCGGGGUUUCGCCUUCGAUCCAAGUGAGACAUUUAUGUACGUUGCUGACCGAGGUUGUCAACGAGUUUUACGCUAUCGAACAGAUUCGAAUUCGAGUACUAGCGAAUUUGUAAUAAAUAGAGACACAACAGCAGGUAAUUCAGCCAAACAAUUGAACGGGCCGUGGAGCAUUCAUAUUUCAUCAUCGAAAUCAGAUGAAUUGCUCAUAGUAAACCACGACGGACAGUCCAUAACUCGUUGGGCAGUAGGUGAUGUUGAAGGUUCUUUUGUGGCAGGUUUACCGGGUACUUCAUGCACCAAUUCCAGUUGUUUCCAUGAUCCGACUGAUGUUAAACUUGAUAUUUAUAUGAACAUGUAUGUCGUUGACGGAAAUAAUCAUCGAGUCCAGAUGUUCUGUAAGAAUAGUCGAAUAGGCAUGACUAUUGCUGGAAAUGGUACUAUUGGUACAAGUACGACACAUCUGUCUUACCCACAAGGUAUUGCAUUUGAUUCGAAAAUGAAUAUGUAUGUUUGUGAUACGGGCAACAGGCGUGUUCUGAAAUUUGACAAGUUUUAA